AGGAUGUGGCGCUUGACGGCGACGCUGCUGCUGCUGGCUCUGGCCUCGGCCGAACCCCAGGGAUACGAUUACCUGCCUCCUCGACCCAACACGCCCUGUCUAACAGUCACUUCCGUCGUGUAUGACACACGUGUCCAGACAUCACUUUACGUGCAGACUGUAAAUCAGGUCAAUACUCAGUAUAUCACGACUACUCUUGUCAGACAACAAGUCGUGCCAACUACUCUCUUCCGUACCCGUGUGCAGACACAGGUUCAGUACCAAACAAGUGUCGUACAACAAACGAGCGUUCGUGUUGUUGACAGGGUCGUGGCCCAGACUAUCCCGAGUCCUCCCAUUGUCCAAACGCAAUAUGUUACUUCCACCCGGGUUGUACCGCAAGUCAGCUAUAUCACCCAGACACAAACACAGACUCAGGUCGUCCCUGUCGAAGUGACUCGUACUCAAAUACAAACCAUUAAUCAGCCUGUCACAAACUACCAGACCCAGGUACAGCAGCAGACACAAGUCAUUACAAUCCCUGGUCGCGAUGUUGUACAGACACGCGUUCAGACAGUCGUUCAGACCUCUGUUGUCACCCGCCAACAGCCAGGCAACACUCGCUACGUGACUUCGACACGUGUGCAACAGGUGGUGCAGACAUCAGUCAUCCGCGGACAGGACGUCGUAAGGACCAGCGUUGUCCAGAGACAACAGGUCAUUCCUUUCACAUCUGUCAACACGCGUUACGAGAAUGCCGUCGCCACUCGCGAACAGGUGGUGACGAGGACCAAUGUGGUUACCCAGACUCGCGUCCAAACCCAGGUGGUGCCCCAGGAGGUGGUAAGGACCCAAGUGGUUCCCACUACCAUCUACACCACCCGUUACGAGACCCGGGUUCAGCCCUUCACACAGGUGCAGACCGUGGUCAGCACCCAGUAUAUCACUGGAGCCCCCGUGGUACAAACCCGACAGGAAGUGCGGACCUCUGUGGUCCAGGUGCCCGGUCAGGACCGCGUGGUCACCAGUCAGGUCGUGCAGACCCAGCAACAGCAGCAGGUCGUCUAUCAGACAGUUAACCAGCCUCAGCAGAUAACAGUCACUCGAACAGUAACAGGAACAUGCGGACAGACUGGAUAUAAUUACAAUGCGCCAGCAACACCUUUCAACUUUGGAAAAUAAAUAAAGGAAACUUCAGGAAACAUUUUGAAUAUCUUUAACGUAACAAAAUCAUGAGUAUAGAGACAACUACAAUGAUUUAGCUUUAUCUCAAACAUACCAGCAUGUAACUGAAUUACUGUUGACACAAUGUAAUUUCUUUUUUAUUAAAAUUGCCAUGUUGACAUGCA